UUCUAAAUUAAGCACAUAGUUUGUUUCUAUUUUUAAACUUCAUCAUGUUUACGGAUGAAUAAUCUUAAACACUAGCAUAACUGUUUUUAAGUAUAUUUAGUUUAAACAUAUUUUAUUGCAUGACGAUAUAUUUACAUAUUUAAUUUAUAUGAUGAUGAUGAUAACAACAAAGAAACAAAAACAGUGAAAUGUAACAAAGCUUGCGUUCAUAUAAAAAGGACAUGCAAAACGAUUGGGCCACGAGUUUUCCAACAUCAGUUACGGCCCUUUCCAAAGAAAAGUAUAUAUAACUGUCAUGCAGCACACAGGGAAUGAAAGUCAUAGCAUAUUAGACAUAGAGUCCGAGUGGUCGACUGUCUCGACUCUCUCGAAUACUGGAUAUAAUUUCUAUAAUGAUCUGGUUUACUUUAUUAAUGUUAUUGCUAGAAUAUGCAGAGAAGACAAUUAAAAAUAUAACAAAAAUGCGUUUCAAAAUGUGGCUUCGAUUUAAUGGAAAAGUGAACAACGCAUUUUCCGAUCUCAUACAAAUGUUUCAGUGCUGUCACCAGACUGGGGUAUGUCGCAUUCGCGUUGUUAACCAGGAUUUAAACUCAUUGCAGUUUAAACGCAAUCGCCUUUGGACUGUUUCCUCCUUCCCAUGUGUGCCGACGGUAAUCUGCAUAAAACUUACAGCCAAUGGAUUAUUUUACUCCGGCAACAACGUUGAAGUAGAGUGUUACGAAUGCGGGGUCAGGCACAGCUGCUGGCGCAUUUACAACCUGCUAUAUCAAAUCAUAUCACGUCUCCACAUAAUCCACCAACUGCAAUGUUCCACCGAUGCAUGGGGUGAUCAUCUUAGAAACACAAUUGACUUGUCUCGUUUUACACAUGAUUUAGUCAGAUCGUUUCCAGAAUCUGACAAUAGAGAAAAUUCCACAGGACGCAAGAGAGAAGCAGUUGCUAGGUUGAGAGCUGAAAAUGAGAAACUUAGAAGAAGUAUGACCUGUAUAAUAUGCAAGGAACGUGAAACGGUUGUGCUGUUUCGUCCUUGUAGCCAUUUGGUUACAUGUGAGAACUGUGCUGCGACAUUUGCUAACUGUCCAGUAUGUCGGCGGAAAAUCGAGGGCUCUAUUCGUGUUCGCAGAGCAUAAUGGACAUUGAAAACAUCUCAUUACAUUACCAUCAUGCCGAAUGAAGUUUAUCCGUUGUCAAGAACAGGAGACGAAUCGUAUCAACAGAGCCUGAAGAAAUUUAAGAUAAUAAGAAACCCGAGAGACUACCCUUGUCAGUAAUUGAACUGCCGUAGUUUUAGAGAUAAAAAAUAAUUUCAGUUGAUGUAAACAGGGCAUGUGUACAGCAAUAAUAAAACAUCACCAAAUACAUCUGUAAAUGCAUGUAAGAACAAAUGUGCACCUUUUGUUGAAACAUGGCCAAUGCUUAUAACUAUGUACGGUGUUAUAUUUGUUUGACGCUUCAUCAUGAACUCGACUUGGCAAGCUACAGUGACACAAUCAUAAAUAUGACAUUCAUUUUGACAUUGUCAUAAUUGUCGAAAGUAUGCUAAAAUCAAAUAUAU